CGAAAUAGUCAUCAUUUCGGAAAUAUAAAUUGUGAACUUUUACAGACUUCUUUUGGUAAAGGUUCUGCCUUAGAAAUGACUUCUGAAAUUAACGUAGCUGUAGGUAUCACAGCCAGUGAAGAAGAGCUAAAGGCGGAAUAUCCAGCGAAUAGUCACUUGCAUGAUAAUAUAAAAGGGCCAGGAGGAAGAGCUCGGAAUCGUCAUGGAAAGAGUCAUUUUCAAAACAUUUCUGAGGAGAAACUGGAAAUUCUUGCGACCUCAAGAAAGGCAGUGCACAAAGAUUAUUCACUAAUGAAACCAGAAUACACAGGUUAUAAGCGAAAGUUUAAUAUAUGUAAUUUACUUGAGUAUCGAGAUUCCGAAACACAAGGGAGCACAUUGCCAAGUACAAGAAACAAGGAUGCACACACGGAAACUCUGCAGCAAAGCGACGAUGCACUUUCAUUACACGCGGAAUGCUCCGUGGCAUUUGUAUCAAGAGGGUGCUUUUGGGAGGCGAAUGUGGUGCCCAGGGCCUUCCCUGUGGCCAAAGGGGAUUCGCUACCAAUAUCGUCAAAACACACCGCGGAAUCCUCCGACGGUGAUCCAACCCUUGGUUCUCCGUCAUUCAUCAUGGUUCGAGAAGCCUCUGUUGAAGGCGUAUUCAUAUGCGCUCCCACGCCUAGUUCCAGCGAACCUGAAAUGAGCUGUUCGCCCACCGCGGUUUCACAACAGAGCCCAUUCCGGCGUCAGUUGUUCACAUCUCUGAUGACACGCCAGUCAGCCCUUGUGUCAAGGAUCAACCAGCAAACUUCGAAACUAAUGAGGGCAGUCGAAGCAGCUGCAUCUAUCACACAGACAGAUCGAGAAAGCAAGUCAAGAUCAGUGUCGUCAGAUAUCAGUCCACCAAUAAUAGAAAAAGGAGCGUCAUUGUGCGAGGACAUUAAUGAACCAAAGACUAGAUGUAGUCCAGCUGUAAAAUAUCACCUUGGUGAGGACAUAGAAAAUGAAUUAUUCGAACCAUGUGGGUCUCGUGACACGGGGGCACGAGACCCGCUUCGCCUGGUGUCCAUUUGUGACUCGGGGAUUGGCUUUGAGUCGGAUGAAGAUGCCAGGUCCUUGUCGCGGCAUUCUUCGUAUACAUUUAGCGAAGACAGCGAAGGGCCAACCGAGGAGACAGCAUGCGACGCACAUUUGAUACUGUUCGUAUGACAGGCAAAUAUCCUGGCUCUGGGUCACAAGGAUCGCUGAGUUCAUUAGGUUAUGGAGGUUCCAUGCACUCCACACCUACACAUCACCCACAUACUUCAUCUCAUCUGGCCACACCAACCCAUAUGGUAUCAAGUGGAGUAACAUAUGGAGUGUCAUACAUGAGCUCAAGAGGCUCAUCUGUAUAUUCUGGAGGAUCAGGCCACCCAUCAUUAGAUUCUGGGGCAGAUUCUGAUGCAUCUAUGCACACAGACUCAGAGGAUAAUUAUCCAGGGAGUCACUUGGGUGUACCUGGAUGGCCAGGGACCCCAGACCUUGACUCUUGUUUAAGAAGACUUGGUCCAGGAGAACGCUCACAAUUUCUGCCAUAUGGAUGCCGUACACCUGAUUCUAUCAUGUCUACUGGUAGUGGGAAGUCAGGAUUAAGCACAUUCGGUGUAAGUAAUCAAAGUGAUUGGAAGCUGCCACAGAAACUGCAAAUAGUGAAACCUAUUGAAGGUUCACUAACUCUUCACCAGUGGUCCCGCCUUGCAACGCCUCACCUUGGUGGAUUGCUAGAAGAAAGGGAAGGAGUAGCUAUCAAGGGUGGUGCUGGCACUGAGCAUCUGAAUCUAGAUGUAUACUCCAUGUCUGACCUUGAAGAAGAUGAAAUUGAAGAAGAGAAUCCUGGCAAAAGAUUUAUGAGUACUUCAGGGGUUUUCACAUUUACAAAUUCCACAAUACUACACCCUGAUGAUCAGACCACUUCCACACCUAG